AUGCCAACUACAAACGGAAACGGCCAUAUAGAUGCAGACGAGGACAUCACCAUGGACACGGAGGCAGAAGCAGUCACAGAUCAAAACAUGGCAAUCGAUACGCACCCGAUCCCUCUACCAAUACGCACGUCUCUCUACUUCCGCUCUCCAAAGAUGAUGAAGGAGAUCUGGCAACGCGUCUGCACUGCGCCGUCCAGCGUCCCCGGGGUGCACAUUUUCUCCCUCGAGGAACCACGGCCUCGUUUCGAGAGUGCUUUUACUCCGAGAUGGAUGCCAUUGGGACCUCCCAGGCUGGGGCCAAGAGACGGCGGCUAUGGCUGGUUCUUCAGAAACGCAAAGGCAGUGACCCCUUCGUUUGACGCUCACAACCCGUCCACGUACCUCACCGACAGCGGCUUAUGGACUGCGUGUAAACAGUCACGCGACGUCAUGCGGGAGGCGUAUGGGUUUGCAAGUUGGAAUCGCAUGCUUGGACUACAUUCUGGCAUGUUCCUCAACGAGCUGAAGCGACAGAAUCUGCUGGAUCUGCCAGUGUUGAAUGCCAUCUGGGACUGGAAGAUGCCCUUGGGGCGAGACCUGUGGACGCUUUGCUAUCUGCCCAACGUUGCGUUGGAGUUGAAUCCGGCUUGGGGGCACAAUUUGUCGCCCACAGAUCACGAGGCCAAUUCAAAGCUGUUUAUUGUCGCCUACAUUGCCGGUUUGGCAGCCAUGUUUACGCCAAACAGCACACUGUGGUUCGUUGACGAACGACUCAAGCGAAAGUCCAUUGCGCCCACCCAGGAACAAGUAGCCACGGAGCUCAAACGCCGCGCCUUUUACGGCAGCGACCGCCAGUACGUUGAAGUCAUGGGCAACGGCUUUCCGCUAGAUCACGACCAGUGGGAGCUGCUCCCUCAGGAAAUACUCGGCAUGACGGAUCCUCCCAUAUGCGAUCCCUUUGGGACUGGCGGUUACCUGUGGACAUGGAUCGAGGACCGCCUAGAUUCUGAGGGAGACGGGCUGCACUGGAGUGGCGAGUGGUUCAUUCAUACGCUGCAAUACUAUAUCAAAGCCAAGGCCAAAGCUCAAAGAGAAGUUGAUUGGAUCCUGGGGCAGGCCAGAGUUCUGCUUUCUGAAGCUCAGGAAAAGCUUGGGCAUGGAAACCCUAUCGAUACACUUGGAAACCCUACGAACGGCAACCGGGGCGAAAAUGGAAAUGGCAAUGGCGAGCAUCAUGAUGACGAGAAUUGCGAUUAUAAGGAUGAUGAUGGUAUGCUUCUUAAUGCCAAGAGGAUUAGGGAGAGAAAUUCUUUCACCUAUCAGACCCGGUUUGAUGGAUCGGAAGUCUCCCGCUUUGGACUCCUUGCCGUUGAAUAUUUCUGA